GGGAGACUAGACCAAACACAGGGAAAGAAGGACGCCUCUGCAGCAGCAACAGAGUUCACCUUGGGAAUUGGGAGAACUUUUCCCCCUUGAGUCAAGGGGAGCGCAGCUGUGUGUCGCCAGAGGUUGUGGUUAAAAGUGCUCCAGCUCCUUUGGAAGACUUUGGAUCUGUUUGAAAAAGAGGCAGCACAAUGGAUAAGGAUGCUCUGCUGGACUAUGAGUACCCGGACCUGGAUCCUUUGCCAUCCAAAAUUGAAGCAGAAAUAAUCCCUCCAUGUGACCCCACGGCUGAUGACAGGCUCUACCAUAUAUGCAUUACAGCGAUAUCUCUUGUUGUCAUGCUGAUCCUAGCAAUCUUAGCCAGACGCACGAAGGUGGGCGACAGACAGAAAGGCCUCCCAGGUUUACUCAGUCCGGUCAACUUCCUGGAUCAUACGCAGCACAAGGGCCUUGCAGUGGCUGUGUUUGGAGUGCUCCUGUGCAAACUAUGGGGCCUGAUCAUAUCGCCAAACCCCCUCCCCUUCACGACAGACACAGAGAACAAACAGAACUGGGUGAUUCUGGGAGUCUUCUACUACCCCGCGCUAUACUACCCUCUCCUGGCAUGCGGUACCUUACAUAAUAAAGUUGGCUACGUUCUUGGUAGCCUCUUGUCGUGGACGCACUUUGGUGUUCUGGUCUGGCAGAAAAUUGACUGUCCCAAAACGCCUCUGAUACACAAACACUACUCCCUCUUCUCCAGCCUGCCCCAGAUAGCUUGCCUGGCAUUCCUUAGUUUCCAGUAUCCCCUUCUUCUAUUCAAGGGCUUAAAGGGCACUGAAAAGAAUAACGCUACAGAGGAUCUCAGCAGCAGCUACUAUAAAGACUAUGUGAAGAAAAUGCUCAAGAAGAAGAAGUCCACCAAAAUCAGCACAUCGAACACAGAGACACCCAAGCUCCCUCAAAGAAUAAUCGAUGCCGUGAAGUCGUACAUUUAUACACCAGAGGAAGCCUUCCGCUUUCCUCUGAAGUUGGCUAUAUCUGGUGUAGUGUCAUUUAUAACCGUGUAUCAGGUGGGUCUUCUUCUGAUCUCAGCGGUUGUGCCGUCUCUCCAGACUGCCCGUUCAGGAGUCGAUGAAGACAUUGCCAACGUUCUAGCUGGUUUCAAGAUUAUGCUGUCUCCAGACAAACACGAAGUGGUCAGAAUAGUGGUUUACUACAUGUGGUGUGUAGAAGUGUGCUAUAUCUCAGCGAUGACCCUGUCUGGUUUGGUCAACCUGGCCAUGCUCAUGCGGUCCAUGGUUCUGCAUCGGUCCAAUUUGAAGGGGCUGUACAGAGGAGAUAUCUACAAUGUUUACAACUGUCAGAGAAGUAUCAGGGCUUCCCGGCCAGCACUGGUCUGCUGGAUGGGAUACACCAGCUUCACGGCAGCCCACAUCUUCAUCGGCAUGAUCGUCCAGACCAUGGUGUUCUUCCUCUGCCUUCUGAUCGCUGUCUUCCUCAUUGUCAUACCCGUCCUGCACAGACAGAAUCUGAUCCUCUUUCAGAUCCUGUGGAGCAUGUGGCCCUUCUGGCUCAUGAUUCUCUUGGCUGUGUUGAUUCAACACAUCACCAGCAGGUUUUGCUUCAUCAAAAAAACGGCAGGCACACGAGACUUAGACAACAGAGGUAACCUGUUCCUGCUGACUUACCUGCUGUUUCCAGUCAACGUUCUGAUCGGGGUGCUGCUGGCGGUGUGGCGCAUGAUCAUCACAGCCCUGUUCAACAUUGUCCACAUGGGACGCAUGGAUAUCAGUCUUCUUAACCGCAAUGUGGAGGCAUUUGACCCGGCCUACCGCUGCUAUGCUCAUUAUCUGAAGAUUGAGGUGAGCCAGUCUCAUCCUGUGAUGAAGGCCUUCUGCGGGAUGCUGCUGCAGUCCAUGGGCCAGGACGGCAACGCUGCACAAAGGUCACGGGACGCUGAAGAGGGGAUCCAGCUGGUCCAGCAGGAGAAGAAGCAGCACAAAGUGUCCAGUGCCAAGAGGGCUCGCAGGCACUGGCAGCUCCUCUACACCCUGGUCAACAACCCCUCCCUGGUGGGCACCAGAAAGCACUUCCAGCGUCAGGCCGCAGAGAGCUUUCUGAACGGAAGCCUAAACCGCAGCACCAAGGAGGGGAGCACAAAAGAGGUAGCAACCAAGGAGGCCGAGGCCGCCGCCAGCAACUGAACAUGAACGUCACCCUGAUGAAGGAUCGGCUGCACAGUCUCUUUUGGUUUUGGGAAAAUUCUACAGUCAUUUUAUUUGCCCACACCAACUGUAGGUCUGCCUUUGGUGAAAUAAGUGCACUUAUUGUUCGGUGCCACACGUAGAGAUGGUCACCCAAGCCUUUCCUGCCUGGAGCUUGUGUGUCCACCUCAUGCUCUUCACGGCCCCCUGGCUGUUCAUAUGUGAGGGCCACAAUCUCCAGUCUGCUGGGAAAGCUUGUGUGUGGCACCGACCUUCCAUCCAAACACACUCAUUAAGUGUCAUUUUCGAGGCGUUUAUGUGCUUAUUUUGGGAUAGCACUCAUUUGCUGUACGUUUCGACCUGUAGGUUAAUCACAUGUUUUCCAAUAUGUUGUCAUUAGCAUAUAGUGCAGAUAAUGCAAAUUCGUAGUUGCCCAAACUUAAACGCAUGGAUGCGCUGUCCACUGAAGCAUCCUUUUAAAGAGGGUAUUAUUAAUAUGUAGAGCAUUUCACUAUUUAUUAAUUUACAGACUGAGCUGUUUUCAUAGGCUGGAUAAUAAAUUUUUCAUUUGCACACAUUUUGUGUAAUUAACAGUAACCUGUGGGACAUGAGCUAACAGACAAAUAGACUGUUUGUAUUUUCUGUUUUAUUUGUAGAUCUUGAAGUCCAGAAACACUCGCUGCUAUUGUUAUUGCUGUCAAAACUCUCGCCUGGUUUUCUGAUAUUCACCAUAUUACAUGGAUUGCCUCUGCAUUUACAUUUAAAAUGCCCACUUUUAAGUGAAAACACCCGAAUUUUCCU